GGCUCCGUCUUGGAGAGGCCCGCCGUUACCUAUCCCUCGAAACGAGAGACGAUGCACAGCCAGUAUCGGCACCUCGGCUCCCAGUACCGGCAGAAGAGGCUCGAUUCGUACAGGACAAUAACGGGUUCCCCGCCCUCCGACUGGCGCAAGAUCCUUCACACGCUCAAACACGAGACGGGCCGGCCGACUUGGAAGACUCCCUCCCACUCGAAGACCCUGCUUGUUACCGACGAAGUGGCCGACAAGCUCUUGUAUGACGUGGGCAGAACUAUAUGGGAUGUUGGCGAGAAGACGGAGUGCCAUAUCGCCAUGUGGAAGCCGCCUGCUGGGGCAUUGGCACCGUCGCGUUACAGCACGGUCGUGGUCCUGUCUGGUAGCGACAGAGCCAUACACUUCGCCGGCGCGGAGAUCGCCGCCACUACCAGCAGGACGGAAUCAUACGUGGUACCGCCGCCCGAGGCCGCGGCGCAUACUUCGGUCUCGGGUUCGCUCGCCGUACCCUCGUCUCCCGCCGCCGAGCAACCCAGCGGUGGUCUUGGAGGGCCCAUCUGGUCCAGUGACAAGACAUUUCAGCGACCCGGUCGCGUACCGCACUUUACUAUAUACGAUAGAUACGAGGAUUACCCACAACCCAGGCAGUGGACGCCCAGAGCGCUCCUUGCCUACAUAGAAGCCCUUACCAGGGUCAAAAUGCCGCGCGACACGGCGGUUGCCCUAUACGGAUCGGUUUGGAACGCCGAAAAGGCCGUUCUCAGACUGAUCAAAGACGUCUUUUAUUCAGAAGAGGCCCAGUCGUCCCUGUCCACUCGGGCCCUGAAGACGGCGCUGCGGUUCAUCCAACCGUUUGGCAUGAUAUAUCGCCCUUCCACGCGAGAGCUGCUCAAGCGGGCCGAGGACGUCGGCCUGCCGUUAGACGCGGAAGUCUUCAACAUUCUGCAAGAAGGCAACGUCAAAGUCCGAGACCUCCGCAACUUCGGCGUCGUCCUCGACCGGAUGCUGGCCGCCCGCUUCCACCCCAACCUGCGCACGUGGGAUCUGUUCUUGCGCAUCAUCGAGGACACGGCCGCCCACCAGCAGAUCAUCGGGGAAAUGGAACGCUGUAACCUCCUCAACGACCCCCGCGCCACCCGGGUCGUCGCGACGCAGCUGGUCUUGCGAGACCUCGCGCGGGCGCGCGGCGAUUGGAAAGGCGUCCGCGCCUUCCUGGCCGACCAGGACACGCGGUACGGCCGAGGAUGGAUGACGAAGACGGCCAUGCACACCCUGUUGAACGAGCUGGGCCGCCUGGGCAAGUUCGCCUCCUGCCUCGAGCUGAUCGACGAGGUGGUGAGCCAGACUGCUAUCAAGCCGAAUAUCACCACCCUCAACAUCAUCCUCAACCAUGCCCGCGUCCAGCGGGAACCGGCUGUCGCCGUAGCUGCGCUCUACCGGUUCCACAAGCUCGGCGUCCCGCUGGAUGAGUCCUCCUAUACCCGCCUCUUCGGCCUCGCCGUCCAGCUCCGCAAGCCCAACGCCAUGGGUCUCAUCUGGCGCCUAGCCUGUCUGGAACACAAGGUGACGUGGCACAUGUGGAAGCGGGUCUCCGAUAUCUAUACCAGCUGCCCCUUUCUCCUGUCGGACGAACAAGGCCCUACCUUGGAUUCCAGCCGGGGUGGAGGAGCAUCCGAGCCGAACCGUCCCAGGAUGGCCUACCAUGCCCUUCACGCCCUCCCAACGCUACACGAGCCUUGCAUGGUCUCCGACCUCCUGGAAGGGAUGCUUGGCGAAAAGCGGAGCAGCGGUCCUCCCCCCGGCGUUCGCAUCGCGCAGCUUUACCGCAAGUAUUUCCCCGGCCAACGGGGCUGGCGGCCCGUCACGCCCCUGCAUACGCUCCUCGCGGAAGCCCUGGAGGCGGACCACGCGCUAGAA